AUGGAUAGUAAUGAGGACUUUCUUAAGUUCUGGGAGCAUGCAGUACCUGAUGAUAAAGGAUUUAUAUGUUUACAUUUGAAGAUAUUAAAUUUUGAAUUCGGUAAUGACAAUGACUUCAUUGAGGCUGCAAUGGAACAACCAGUGACAGUAAUUGAUGAGACUCCAAAGAAGUCCCAUAAGAGGAUUGCUAAAAAGCCAGUUUCAAAGGAAAAGUCUGUAAGGAGAUCACCAGAAAAGACUGUAAGGAGAUCACCAAGGUUGCAAGCUCAGUCAAAGUUUGAAAACUCAAAUGGAGGAGUAUCUAGGAAAUUGUUUGUGGAUCUGUUAAAUGAAAUGGAAUCUCAGGGUUAUUCUUGCGUUAGUCAAGCCAGUGUUGUGGGUUCUAGCAGUGUACCAAUUCAAGUGACUGAAAACUUUAACCAUGAUUACUGGGUUGAUGCAGUCAAGAAUACUGAUGCAGUGAACCAGAUUGAUGCAGUGAACAACAAUGAUGCAGGGGUCAGCAGUGAUGAUGAUGAGGAGAAUGUGGUGUUAGAGAACACUACUGUGGAUGAAUGUCACCCCAUUGAAGACCCAAAUGCUCCACCAAUAUAUGACAGUGAUGAAGAGGAUGAUAUUGAUUAUGAAGAUAUUGUCAAGACAUAUAAAGUUGGAGAUGAAAGUAGUGAUUCAAGCAGCGGUGAAGAAGAUGAUGAAGAAGUUUCUAAUGAUGGUGGGAGUAAUGAUAAUAAUGAUUGUCUUGAAGCAAUAGAUGAUAAAGAUGUGAAAGCGAAGUUUGAUUACAAGAACUGGAAAGAAGACUUCAAUAUGCACAGUGAUGAAGAAGAAGAACCCUUAUUCCCUGUAGAAGAAGAGGUGGCUCCUGUUGAUCCAAAGAGAUUGAGGAAGGUUAAUCUAGAACAUACUUGUGUUGGAAAUCCAAAGAGUUUUAACAGAUCUGCCAAUCCUGAGUUUGUAAAAGAAGUGGUACAUGAGAAGUUAAAGGAGACAGGGGCCUUAAUUCCAAAGCCUAGACAUAUAGCAAGAGACUUUUUUGUUACUCAUAACAUAGAUAUACCAUAUAUUUGUGCAUGGAAAGCAAGAAAUCUUCUUUUAGAAGAUCUGUUUGGUAAUUAUGAUGACAGCUACAAGGAUGUACCCAUCUUUUGUGCAAUGGUGGCUCAUACUAAUCCAGGGUCAGUUGCUAAAUACAGUUAUCGAAAAAAAGAUAAGGCAUUCAUGAGCAUGACUAUUUCAUUUGCUGCACCAAUGAGAGGAUUUCAGAAAGCAGGAAGACCAGUCAUAGGGUUAGAUGCAUGCCAUCUAACUGGAAAGCGUGGUGGUGUUCUAAUGGCUGCAAAACACUUGAUGGUCAGAAUAAUCUUGUGCCUUUAG